AUGCUUGACAAAUCUUCAGGAAUUUUUAUGGAUGUGACUACUGGAGUGGACAAGGAUGAAUCAUUAGUUGUUGUGUAUCUGGACUUUCAUAAGACUUCUGACAAGGUUCCACACAAGAGAUGGAAAUUUGAAAAAAACAGCAACAAAGAGCAAAGCUGCAACCUUGAUCUCCCCAAGGAGCUUCCGCACAGUAUAAAGCAGCGUCUCUGGGACUGCAUCAGCUCAAGAGUUUCAAACAAAGAGUUUGUCAGCUGCCUGAAAGGACAGAUAAACUCGCACAGAAAAAUGCAUCGACCAAUUCAACACGUGGAAAGAGUGUUCUACACCAUCCUUGCUUUAAUUGGCAUUCCUGUUAAUUCGCUGGCGAUUGUUAUCCUUUCCCGGAGCAAGUGUGGUGUUUCCCCUUGCACAACACGCUACCUGGUGAUUAUGGCAGCUGCCGAUCUGAUGGUCAUUAUCACUGAUGUUCUACUGAGGAGAUUUCGCUAUUAUUAUUACCCACGGUGCUUCUUGGACAUCACUCCUGUGUGUAGUGUUAAUGGGGUCCUGUAUCGUGCAGCCAGGGACUGCUCUGUCUGGUUCACUGUCACUUUCUCCUUUGACCGAUUUGUGACCAUUUGUUGUCAAAAGUUGAAAACAAAAUAUUGCACUGAGAAAACUGCAACUGUAGUUCUAGCAACAACAUGCAUCCUGCUCUGUUUGAAAAACAUCCCCUUCUAUUUUCAAUAUCAGCCUGUUCGCAUAAUCAAUAAUAUGCCAUUUUCCUGUGACACAAAGUCAGACUACUAUACUGAGACUUGGUGGGUGGCAUUAGAUUGGUUUGAUACAGUUUUAACCCCUUUACUGCCAUUCGCUUUAAUCCUGCUGUUCAAUGCUUUGACAGUUAGACAUAUUUUAGUGACCAGUCGAGUGCGGAAGAGGCUGAAGGCUGAGAACAAAGGAGAGAAUCGCAGAGACCCAGAGAUGGAGAACAGAAGGAAGUCUGUAAUUUUGCUCUUCACCAUAUCUGGGAGCUUCAUCCUUCUGUGGUUUAUCUAUGUUGUAGAUUUUUUAUAUUUUGUCAUUCAAGAAAUGAAUCCUGAUGAUUACCCGCCUUUUCUAUUUCACUUCAGAAGAGUUGGUUAUAUGCUGCAGCGAUUAAGUUGUUGCACAAACACAUUUAUUUAUGCAGCAACGUUGCCCAGGUUCAGAGCAAAGUUCAGUAACGCAGUAAAAUAUCUGGUUACUCGAAUUGCUUGUGCUAUGAAUAAAUAA